CUUAGGAUGGGACCAACUCCCAAACUUCUGGCGGGACUUAUCCUGCUGACUUUCUGUGUGGUGGACUGCUCCAGCCAACACUGGUCCUAUGGAUUACGCCCUGGAGGAAAGAGAAAUACUGAAGAUUUGAUUGAUUCUUUCCAAGAGAUAGCCAAGGAGGUUGAUGAACUUGCAGAACGUCAACAGUUUGAAUGUACAAAACCCCAUUCUCCGCUCAGGGACCUGAAAGGAGCUCUGGAAAGUCUGAUUGAAGAGGAAGCUGGGCAGAGAAAAUUUAAAUCUGCUUGAGUCCCAAAUAUUACUCUGACAUGGAA